CCGCAGAACUCGGUGGUGUGUGCCAGGGACCAUAGAGGGUCUCUCCGCCUCUUCCUAGAGCGGCCGGCAGCGCCGCUAACAGCCCGCACUUCCGGCGGGCGAGGCGCGAGGCGAGCACCUUGGCGGCCUGCGCGAAAAUUCUGAGUUGUGUUCCUCUAGGAUAUGAGACCUUAUUAGUUCAGAAGACAAUAGAAUCUCCUGACAAUACAUCUGGCUAGUCACCAUGAGAUUAGCAAAGCCUAAAGGGGGUAUUUCUCGAAGCUCAAGCCAAGGCAAAGCCUAUGAAACCAAGCGUAAGACAGCCCGCCAGCGGCAGAAAUGGGGGAUGACCAUUCGAUUCGACUCGGGCUUCAGUAGACGGAGAAGAAACGUGGACGAGAAGCCCUACAAAUGUAGUAGGUGCUCUAAGAGUUUCAGUCAGAGUUCCACCCUGUUUCAGCACCAAAAGAUACACACAGGGAAGAAAUCCCAUAAAUGUGCCGAUUGUGGGAAAAGUUUCUUUCAGAGUUCCAACCUCAUCCAGCAUCGGCGGGUCCACACUGGGGAAAAGCCCUAUAAGUGUGAUGAGUGCGGAGAGAGUUUUAAACAGAGCUCAAACCUCAUCCAGCACCAGAGGAUCCACACUGGAGAGAAGCCCUACUGCUGUGAUGAGUGUGGCCGCUGCUUCAGCCAGAGUUCCCACCUCAUUCAGCACCAGAGAACACACACUGGAGAGAAGCCCUACCAGUGCGACGAGUGCGAUAAGUGCUUCAGCCAGAGCUCCCAUCUGAGGCAGCACUUGAAGGUGCACAAAGAAAAGAAGCCACAUAAAAGGGGGAAAAAUGCCAGGGCCAAAACUCACCCGGUGUCCUGGAAAGUAGGGAAAGGCAGAAAGGCAGUGUCUGGGCGCCGCCAGGUAAAGGGCGCUGCAGCAGGCCUUUUUAAAAAGAAAAAGUGAGUGAGAGAGAGGCAGGCAAAUGCGCCCUUAGGAACGAGGCUGCUUCAUAGUAGAGCACUUAGGUACCGGAUCCUUCCCUAGCAUGGAGACUUGAGUUUCAUGACACGGGGCUGAAACUCCCAAGUCAAGCUGACCUCCUUUCUUUAAAAUGAAAGUACAUUUAUGUAACAUGGAGCACAAAGAACUGAAAAACAUGUUUGGUGAGAAUAUAAUAUCCUUGGCCUCAGCUGAAAUUUCUCCCCUAUGGUUUGAUAAAAAAGUAUCAUGUUCUCAUGAUUCACAGGUGUGCCAGUGAUUACUCUCUUUUUAGGAAUUUCUGUAGGAAAUCAUUAACGGAGAAGGAAUGAGUUUCAAGUUCUGGGACAGACUAUAUUUUAUGGUUUUUAAUGUUUUGUAGUCAAUUAACCAUUAGUGUAAGUGUUGACUCAGUAUAAAAUGCAUUCAAGUUCAUAGUUUUUUUUUUUUCUUUUUUGUUAGUGUAUAUUGUAUGAGGUAAGAGUUCUGUUUCCUUCAGUGUGUAUGAUGUAUCUAUAUGAUGUGCUUUGAUGGUAUCCAUCCUUCCUACCCUCUCCUCCACCCCCUGGUUCUCAUCUUCCUCCCAGACACCUCCCUUUCUGCUUAAGAUGUUUACCCCAGAGUCUGUAAAUGGGAGAAAAUGUAUUCAGUUAUUCUCUUGAGUAUGACUUACUUUGUUUAACAGUUCUUUCCAUUUUCCCCAAACAUGAUUUUGUUGUUUCUGGACAAAUAAUAGUUUAUUGUAGCAUUCGAAGGCUUUAAUGACAACCCAUUCAUGUAUGUGUGUUUUUUCCCUUCUACUGUGUGGGUAAAGGGGAUCAAAGGUCCCCAUGUGGCUUUUCUUUUAUUGUUUUAUUUUGUUUAUCAUGUUCUUAGAGAUUCUAAAGAAUCCAAAAUGAGAGACCACGGACCUCCUAUUCCUAACAUCGUUUGUGACCCUGUCAUUGCUGAGUCACUUGCUUUCUUGAAAUCGGAUUGGGUUUACGUUGAGUCAUGCCAGUGGCCUCUUGGCAUUCCCUUGUUCUCUUACACACACAGCACCUGCAUGAAUAAACUGUAUUUUACCAAGAAAGCCUCAGCUUGCUCCUGGCUGAAGAUCUCCCGUGUCAUAGACUGUGCUUUGAAUAGCACUGACUGUCUGAAGCAGAUGUUUGUCCAUGAGUUACUGGCCAGCGUACUGUAGCCCUGUUAGAAUUUACCUCUCUUACUUUAUAGCAGCGAUUUAAGAAGACUAGCAUACAUCCUUCUUCCAUCAGAAAGAUACCAAACAUGCAUUCCUGAUUAGCCUUGAGCUCGGAUUUUUGUUCAUUGAAUGCUAAUGUUUUUCUGAUUUUUAUAAUAUCAGGUCUUCCUGUAUUGAUGACAAUUAUCCUUAAAAAUAAAGAAUGAGAUAUUUUUGCAUACUACUAUCUUCUGUUUUUCUUGUGAGAAAUUGUUUCCAGUGAGUUAGAAAACAAAUCACAGCUUUUAGGAAAAUCUUGUUCUGUUCUUUUUUGAUUUCCUCAGAUCUGAACUUCACCUCCCUCUGCCCUGUGCUUGUAAAUGGAGAGCCAUAGCAUGUGGCCUAUUGACAACAGUUACAUCCAACAGGAUAUAAAAAAUGUCUUGUAAGUAUAAAGCUAUUGCAGUCAUCUUUUACAAAAAAACUUGAUCCUUGACAUCCUGUUAUAGCCACAUCACCAUAACAGGGGCACAGCCAUGGGGCCCUAUGGAGCAUCCGUCAAUGUUAGAUUGGUCUCUGAGAUAGCUUCUGUAGGGGAAAUUUACACCAUUUUCCUAAGUUCUGGGAAUUUCCCAUUCUGGUGCCAACCAUGGGGGGUUCCUGCAACAAUAAGGCCUCUAUUAGUUUUGAUAGCUUACACUCUUACCUAAUAGAUCUACCUGUGUUCCCUAUGAAAACGAACCCUUCAGGUUUCAAUGCCAUUUGUUUUGUAUAUAUUCUGAAAACCCUGAAGCUAGUGGGCAUCAAAGACAGUGAUUUCUGUGAGUCUUCUAUGGUAACCGGUGUGUCUGUGUUUCUUUUUAGAAACUAAUAAAAUGGAAAGAUCACAGCUGUGUAAAGUUAAUAAGGGAAUAUACUUGUAGAAACUGGAUGCCAAUGUGAGUCUAGCAGGUAUCACCUCUGAGAAUGUGGAUUCAUUGUAUGACCACGUGUGCUCCUCAACCCUGUAUUCUGAGUUUCCAGUGUCAGGUGUUUACCGACACAAUUCUUGUCAUACUGCAUACAUCUUCUUCAUCUAACCCACCGUGGCCUGGGGCUUGUUAGGGAAGUGCUUUGCCACCGAGCCACACCCCACGCUCCAUCAGACUCCUUAACCUUGUGUUUUAUUAGGAGAACAAGAAAAGCUCCCGAGGUUUUGCUUCUGUAUUCUGUCAUGUUAAGUAUGCCCAAAAUGUUUUCUUCCCAGAGAGGAAGGCUUGGAGUCAGGAGUGGCUUGGCUUGAAACAGAUGGCAGAAGCAGAAUAGAAAUAGGAAGUAGUUUAGAAGCCUGAGGUAACCGUGCAUCUCAACUGUCUUCAUAACAGCUGGAAGGACUGGCACCACCCACUCCUUUUCAGUUGGCACUGUGGUAGGGUCUUGGUGUGAAGUCCAGGCUGCCCUUAAAUUCAUUCCCUUGCUUGAGCCCUCCAGGUGCCAGAAGUACACAUCAAUGCUGCCAGGGCCAGCAUGACUUCCGUUUUGACUCCAAUACCACUAUUCCCAAACACUUGACUCUGAAGGCAUCCAUGAUUGGUCAUCGUGUAGCUUGAGCUAGAUGUUCCCUUGUCACAGGGAUGAGAACCGCCUUGGUUAGUCUGUCUGGUCCCACGUGGGAGGGUAACAGAUGCUAAGGAAUUAAUGCCACAUUCAAGCAGCUAGAGGUAUGCAAACGUCAGAGGCGUGCAGAUGGGACUGCUAGGCUGUCUACCUGGAGCCCAGCGUUAAAUUCAGUUUUGCCAUUUGCAAUACUCUACAAGUCAAACAACAACAACAACAAAAUACUGGUGAGUCCUUUUGAAAGAAGUUGUACUUCUACAGAAUACAACAAGCAGCGGUUACAAAGUUUCACAGGGAGCAUAUGAAACAACAAGAAAAAUAUUUAAGAAAACUAGUUUGAAUUAAUGCAUGAACAAAGACCUGGGUAAUGUUAUCACUAGCACUUCUAGUUCAGAGGACACUCGCUU